ACACGUGUUAAAAAUUAAUUGGUUAAAAAAUAUUUUAAAAAAACCAAAAUUAAAAAAGAAAAAACCACCCAGCUAAACCCCAACCACCCUAAAAAUCCAGCAAACCGCCAGCCUAGCCACCUCCCUCGUAGCCGGUCGUCUCCCCUCGCCACCAGCCCAGCCACUAGGGUCGCCGCUCCGACCAAACCACCAUCCCUUCCCCGAAACUCCCUUGCCACCAAUAGCCCCACUCCCGAAAAUCCCAAAAACCAGCAAUCCAUCCGCGAAAAAUCCCUCAAAACAACCAGCCCCACUUGAAAACCCCUCUAAACCUCCAACCCCACUCGAAACCCCCAAAUAUCCUUCCCCCACCAUCGAAAACCUAAGCCGCUAGGGUUUUCGACGGUGAGAAAUAGGUUGUUGGGGGUUUUCGACGGUGGGGGAGGGUUUCAAAGGGAGUUUCGACUGGAAAAUGACGGAAUUGUGGGUGGAUGUGGGUUGCAACUUCGGCAUAGGGCGUUAGGGGGGAAAGCGGCGCAUAGUUGGGGCAGGGGAAGGGAGGAGUUGGCGCGGCCGGCGGUGGCAGGUUGUGGUAGUGGUGGGGGUUACGAUUGUCAGGUACGGAAUGGUCAUUGACUUCUGUUGACCGGUUUGGGAUUGAAGAAAAAAGAAGACCUCCCAAAUUUCGGAUUAUUCCAUUAUUAACGAAAGUUGAGAUUAUUCUAUAUAAAUUAGACAAAGUUGUUGUGGUGUUAUAAUCAAAUUCUGUUAUUUAACUAUAACCUCCCUCACCUAUCCUCACCUUCACACCUUCACCUUCACCUUUUUAAUUGUCAAAAAGAAACCCCGUCACAAUUCAAACUACAGCAAUUCACAACAUAAUUUUUACACUCAUAACAACAAAAAAGAUUUCCCUUUUCUUUUUCUUUUUCUCUGUAUCUCCACUUCACAGAAUCAGACCCUUCCACCUGCCAAUAUGCAUAACUUCUUCAAUGUCUUCAUCUCAAUCCCAUCAAAUUAAAUUGUAUAACGCUUAAUUUUCUUCAUAAUCACAAAAAAAUUAGGGUUUUUUUGUCAAUUUCUGGAAUUUCCCCCUUUCAGAAAAGGGGAUUAUUAUUUUUUUCUUUUUAAUUUGCAAUGUCGGAUUUGGAUAGUUUGAUUACAAAGAAAGUUGCUGAUCGCUACUUUAAGCGUGAAGUUCUUGGUGAAGGUACCUAUGGUGUUGUCUACAAGGCCAUCGAUACCCAGACAAAUCAAACUGUUGCAAUCAAGAAAAUUCGUCUUGGAAAGCAGAAGGAAGGUGUAAAUUUCACUGCCCUGAGAGAAAUUAAACUGUUAAAAGAGCUUAAAGAUCCUAACAUAAUAGCGUUGAUAGAUGCCUUCCCCCAUAAGGGAAACUUGCAUCUUGUGUUUGAGUUCAUGGAGAGUGAUCUUGAAGCUGUCAUUCGGGAUAGGAAUAUUGUACUCUCUCCUGCUGACACAAAAUCUUAUCUACAAAUGACCUUGAAAGCACUAGCUUUUUGUCACAAGAAGUGGGUCCUUCACAGGGAUAUGAAGCCAAACAACCUGUUGUUAGCAGCUGAUGGACAGCUCAAACUUGGGGAUUUUGGUUUAGCACGUAUAUUUGGCAGUCCAGAUCGCAGGUUUACCCAUCAAGUUUUUGCUAGAUGGUAUAGAGCACCUGAGCUGCUAUUUGGCACUAAGCAAUAUGGUCCUGCAGUGGAUGUCUGGGGUGCUGCUUGUGUGUUUGCAGAACUACUAUUGAGAAGACCUUUUUUACAGGGUUCAAGUGACAUUGAUCAACUUGGCAAAAUUUUUGCAGCCUUUGGGACACCAAAGCCUGCUCAGUGGCCUGAUAUGGUAUACCUUCCCGAUUAUGUAGAAUACCAAUAUGUGCCGGCACCUCCUUUACGUACAUUGUUCCCAAUGGCAAGUGAUGAUGCUUUGGACUUGUUGUCUAAGAUGUUCGCUUACGAUCCAAAAGCUCGAAUUUCCGCGCAGCAGGCCUUGGAGCACAGAUACUUUACAUCACCACCAGCUGCUACAAAUCCAGCUUCUUUACCACGACCUUCACAUAAAGGCGAUAAUAACGCAAAAGUUCCUGAGUCUAAUCCAAAUGAAGGACCUACUGUGUUGUCUCCACCUAGAAAAAUGAGAAGAGUAAUGCCCAAUAGAAAUGAUGGGGGUGAAGAAAAUGUUCACAACGCUGAAAAGUUAGAUGAUCAUGUCAGUGGGAGUAGAUUAACAACUGGCCCAAGCUCAAGCAGAACUGAUACAAUACCAAUGUCAAUAGAUUUUUCUGUGUUUGGAUCUAGACCUCCUCCUAGACCAACUAUUAACAGUGCUGAUAGGACACAUCUAAAGCGCAAAUUAGAUCUUGAAUUCCAGAUGCCUGAAUAAGCUGAAUACUGAUACCAAGUGUUUUUCUCUGUGUUUUCUCUGAAUGCACAAAUUAAACCAGGCCGUUUAUUGACGAAAAACCCUGCAGUGGGAGUCUGAUGAUGGUUGAAUAUCUGUAGAGCUGUUUGAGAGGAUUGGUAGAAGGUAGGAGCAAAUAAAUCGAGCUUUAUCAUUUCCCUGCAACCCCUCGACAAUCCUUGAAAAUUUGAUGGGGAACAUUGGUUGAACAAUUUUUUUAUAGCUUCUAAAUUUUGUUAUGUAAGGUAUUGUGCGCGAUGUAGAACUGAGUGAAUUAUUGUAACAGCCUAACUGGUGAUGAGUGAUUAGGGAUUUUUUUGUUUUUAUUUAUAUUUAUUUUUUGUUUGCAGAAGUUACCAGUUGUCUCUCCAGAUGUUGAGAGUUAUUCAAUUGUUGUAAACAAUCUUCGUGUAUGAGUUAUCAUGAUGACGGCAAUGCUUUUUUUUGAAAA